CUUGCAGAGUUCCAGACCUACGACCAGCACCAAGCAGCAGGUUCGUUCUUGAUCUUUUGGCAAACCUCUCUGCGGCUGCGGCAGGUCGAUCCACCGGCGCCGGGGAAGAUGCCGGUGAAGGUGUUCGGGUCGCCGGCGUCGGCGGAGGUCGCGCGCGUCCUGACCUGCCUGUUCGAGAAGGACGUCGAGUUCCAGCUCAUCCGCGUCGACUCCUUCCGCGGGCCCAAGCGCAUGCCCCAGUACCUCAAGCUGCAGCCGCACGGCGAGGCCCUCACCUUCGAGGACGGCAACGUCACCCUCGUCGAGUCGAGGAAGAUCCUGCGCCACAUCGCGGACAAGUACAAGCAGCAGGGGUACAAGGACCUGUUCGGGCCGGGCGCGCUGGAGCGGGCCUCCAUCGAGCAGUGGCUGCAGACGGAGGCGCACAGCUUCGACAUCCCCAGCGCCGACAUGGUCUACAGCCUGGCUUACCUGCCGCCGGACAUGCCGCUCGACGGCAGGGCCGGCGCCGGCGGCGGCCUCGCGCCCGCGGCCGGGUCCGGGAUGCACCCGUCGCACCGGCAGAAGGUGGAGGAGAUGCUGCAGCUCUUGGAGAAGAGCCGCAAGGACCUGGGCAAGCUGCUGGACAUCUACGACCAGCGCCUCGCCGAGGAGGAGUACCUGGCGGGGAGCAAGUUCACGCUCGCGGACCUGUCGCACCUGCCCAACGCCGACCGCCUCGCCGCGGACCCGCGCUCGGCGCGCCUCAUCGAGUCGCGCAAGAACGUCAGCAGGUGGUGGUACACCGUCUCCGCCCGCGACGCCUGGAAGAGGGUCAAGGAGCUGCAGCGCCCGCCGUCCGCGGAGGCGCCGUUCUGAGCCGCCUCGCCCUGGCCACUGGCCACUGUUCAUCCAUCGUGUUUCUGUUGAUCCUAGUUUCUGCAUAUUUCCACUGUUAUUCUGAUUCUGAAUGAAUAAACACCGCCCGGCCCUGCGUCAAUGGCCUGGCUGUUUGUUCAUCGUGUAAUAAAUUGUACAAGAGAAUGCUGCCCCUUGAUUUUCAUGAUA